AACACUGCUUGUUAACCAAACGGACCUCUCAUUCUUUUCAAAAAAUUUAACUCUUUAAACUACAGUAAUAUUUAGUUAGUGUAGACGACAUUUCAAAUUGAUCCCGUCGAAAUGAAGAACGUGCGAAUAUUGCUUGUUGGUGAUCGUAAGUAACUGAAGUAAAAGGAAGAUUGUUGCGGUUUUGUUUUUACCGUGACUCGUGAUCAUUGUCAACCUUGAGGCAGCGAAGCAUGUUAAUUUGUUUCAAUGCUUUUAUGUGUAGCCCAAGUUGGAAAAACAUCGCUUAUUUUGUCGCUUGUCAGUGAGGAAUUUCCUGAAGAGGUGAGAUUUAUGAACAGGCCAGGAUCAGUGAUGUUAAGGCUUGUUAGUAAUUUUGUUUGUAUAAGCUUAAGGGUCCUUUUAAGUUUGAUCAUUCAGUUCAAUCUGUCGGUCAACUUAAACCUUUCAUUUUUUUUAAGAGCACUCGGAAAGAAUUAUUCACCUAGGUGGCUAUAAUAUAUUUUGGUCAUACAUUAAUUUUAUAUUAUUGUAGUAGCUGUGCUGCAGGCCCCAGUUGUUUGAAAGGCGGAUAACACCAUUAGCUGGAUAAAUCUCUCUACUGUAGAUAAUGCUUUUGGUUUUCCUAAUAUUCAUCCACAGGAUAGUGAUUUAUCCAGUGGAAAAUAGUGCCAUCUAACGUUUGAACAACUGGGGCCAGAUUACUACACUGGCUACAAUCCAGCCACCUUGCAAACAUGCAGCAAUAUGAUCAUUGAAAAAUGUUGCCUAACACAGUGGACAGGGUGGUAGACUGAGGCAUUUUGAGUCAGAUCUCCCAUCACUGUGCUUAGUAGCCUACUGUUUGAGUCACUGUGAGGCUGGGGUUGUCCUUUUUUUAUACAAGUUCUCUUGCCUUUGUUUCCUGCUCCCUCACUGACUGCCUGGACUUCCGCCAAUUUAGGAUGUUUAGCUCAGUUGGAUAGGCACUUGUUUUGUGGGAGGAUACAGAUUCAAACUCCAGUGGGACCAUGCCUUUUAAAAUAAUUGAGGGAAGUGUGCUGUGUUUGUUCUGAUAUCAACAAAUGAGUUAGACAGCGAGAAGUAUCUUAUUUUUCUUUUGAGACAGUAGAUAGGGGGCAUGCUCAAGGGGAGAGCAGGGAAUCUGCGAGGGACAAGGGCACAAGCCCAAGCAGAGAAAGAUAAGAAAAGAGUCCUUUUUCCCUCUUUCUGCCCCCAUUUUUCCUUUGAUUUGAAUAAAAUAAUGAGUCCAUUAUUAUUAAUAUUGACCAAGCUUGUCUGGUCAAGAUGGCUGGAUAUUGGCCCCAUCCUUUCUUGCCUGUUUUAUGGACCUAUCGGUAGACUUCAUCUCAGUCAAUAACAAUGCAGCAAAGUACUUGGCCAUAUGUUGAUUCAUUUUGACUUUAUGCCUGGUUAAAAAUGCAUCAAUCUAAGUUGCUAAGUGAGUUAGUUAACCCAAUAAAGUUAAUUUAUUACUUAUUCUUAGGUUCCUUAUAAAGCAGAAGAAAUAACAAUUCCAGCAGAUGUGACUCCAGAGAAGGUCCCCACACAUAUUGUGGAUUAUUCUGGUCAGUAUGUUGCUGAGAAACAUUACAAAUAUUAUGAAAUCUGAUUAAAAAAAUUGUUUUUAGUCCAGAAUAUGUUAUCCAGUGUCCCUUUCUAACAAAAGAGUUGAUUUUAAUUCUUGAAUAUAAAACAUUCCAGCAGAAUCAUGAUUUUCCAAAACCCCCAUUGUUUUGGUUAACCUUCUGUCUCAUCAAACCAAAACUGCAAGUGAAUUUUUCCAUCCUCUAUGUGCUGAGAUGGAGUUUAAUAGUAUCAACAAAGGUCCCUGAAUUCCACUUAUGGUCAGGUUUGUUAACUCAAGUAUAGUUGCCAGGAAUUAGAAAUGAAAGUUGCAGUGUUUUUGCACUUCCUUAAGGCUGCGAAUUCCACCUUCCCUUCCUUGCUCCACUUCCACUGUUUUAUCAGAGUCAGCUGUCUGCUUUUUACCUGCCUGUGCCAUGCCAGUGCUCAUGCCUGGCUGAGAACGUUCUAGUAUUUUCCAGAUGUGGCCAAAAGUGUAAGCUUAUGCCUGGAUGUCUUCGAGAUCCAUUAUAAGGGUAGAAGCUACUAGUUAAGCCUCUCUACCUGAAGCGGGGCCAACCGUCUCGUGUUUGUAUGUACUGUACAGAACCUGGUUUGUAUUCACUUGUCCNUACUUAUUCUUAGGUUCCUUAUAAAGCAGAAGAAAUAACAAUUCCAGCAGAUGUGACUCCAGAGAAGGUCCCCACACAUAUUGUGGAUUAUUCUGGUCAGUAUGUUGCUGAGAAACAUUACAAAUAUUAUGAAAUCUGAUUAAAAAAAUUGUUUUUAGUCCAGAAUAUGUUAUCCAGUGUCCCUUUCUAACAAAAGAGUUGAUUUUAAUUCUUGAAUAUAAAACAUUCCAGCAGAAUCAUGAUUUUCCAAAACCCCCAUUGUUUUGGUUAACCUUCUGUCUCAUCAAACCAAAACUGCAAGUGAAUUUUUCCAUCCUCUAUGUGCUGAGAUGGAGUUUAAUAGUAUCAACAAAGGUCCCUGAAUUCCACUUAUGGUCAGGUUUGUUAACUCAAGUAUAGUUGCCAGGAAUUAGAAAUGAAAGUUGCAGUGUUUUUGCACUUCCUUAAGGCUGCGAAUUCCACCUUCCCUUCCUUGCUCCACUUCCACUGUUUUAUCAGAGUCAGCUGUCUGCUUUUUACCUGCCUGUGCCAUGCCAGUGCUCAUGCCUGGCUGAGAACGUUCUAGUAUUUUCCAGAUGUGGCCAAAAGUGUAAGCUUAUGCCUGGAUGUCUUCGAGAUCCAUUAUAAGGGUAGAAGCUACUAGUUAAGCCUCUCUACCUGAAGCGGGGCCAACCGUCUCGUGUUUGUAUGUACUGUACAGAACCUGGUUUGUAUUCACUUGUCCAAGUGAAAUCCACUUGCACCUGUACAUUCCCUAAUCCAAGCAGAGGAAGGUCAGUGCUGACCUCAAACUCAGUUAAUAAGAGGUGUACAUUAGCAAAUUGCAUGACACAGUUACCUUCGUUUCAACUGAGAUAAAUAGCAUUGAUAGGGUUCAAGUUUGGCAAUUUCAUUUUCUCACAGUGCUAAACAUGAUUUCUUUAACCAGCGUUGGAGCAGUCUGAAGAUAUGCUUGUGGAUGAGAUCAUCAAAGUAAGCUUUUAUGUAUUGCAAAGUCAUUGUUUACAGUCCUGAAUCAAGUUUGAGAGAAGGCGAGAUGAAGCAAGUCCAUGAUCAGCCUGUCUUGCUUGCUUGAGAUUUCUUGUGUUUGUCCAGCAAGAAAAAUGUCUCUUGGCCAUUUGAUUAUAGUAAAUCCUUAAAUUGACCAAUCAAUUUAAAGAACAUGGCUGGAUAUUGGCCCCGGUCCUCUUCGUUUUUGUCUUUAAACAGAGUGAAACUUCCCCAAAAUAAGUUUGAUCCUUGGGCAAUGUUCACCCAUCAAUGUUAAACUGUUGUUUUUAAUAGUGGAGCUCCAUGCAUGCACAAGGCACGCACUAGCGGAGCCCCACAACUAAGAAAAUUGGGUUAUCUAUACAUCUGAGAAAAUUUUGGUAGUUACGUGACCAUGCGUCUGUUGGACCAUCCAUCCGUACCACAGGGAAACCAAUAAGAAAUCUCACACUUCUUAGCUAAUGUGGGAGCCUGCAACCUGAUAUUGCACAUCCAUGUUGUGGUCAAUUGAAAACAGUCAAAACAGGGUAUCUGCCGACCAGUAUCACAUGACUUUGUCGUGGGCUCACUCAGUUGUCGACCCAUGGAGGUAACAUAUUUUUGAAGUUAUCUGCUGACAAGUUGCUAGUUUUUCAACUGAUCGCAGGCUCAACUCCAAGUGGAUUUCUUUACAAUGGUUACAAGUUUAUUGUAUUUUAUUCAAUAAUAGAUAAAUGUCUAUCAUGGGAGCUUCACCUUUAGCCUUGGCUACAUCUAUGUAAUUGUUUAAUAGGGAGCCAUCACCACGCUUUUACUUCUUUUUUCUUCUUACCAUUGUGAACUGCAUUUCUUCUAAGUAAAAUCAGUUCUUAGGUUUAACCAAAAUGUCCCUUGUCUCCUUUAAAAACUUAGGGCUAGAAACAAAGGAAGCCAAAUAGUGGUUAAACCCGAGAAUUGAUUUUACCUUCGUAAAACAUUUAUUUCAUUUCUACGUAUACUAACUACAGUCAACUCUCUCAUGACGACAACUUCUCGUAAGUGACUACCUCCCGUAAGCGACCACUUUGUUGUGCACCAAGGGUGGUCGCUUACGAGAGUGUUCACUGUACAUGUGAGGAUUGAAUAAGCUGCCUUUAGUUUUGCAAAAACAAGAUAUAACAUUACUGCAUUGUAUGAUAACUAAUGAGCUAAAACAUUACUGUCCUCAGGCCAAUGUAGUGUGUGUUGUGUAUGAUGUAACAUCAGAAGAUUCUCUAGAAAGAGUAAGUAUUGUUUUUUUCAUUCAGUAUAAAGAGGAAAGAGCACCUACCAUAUUAUUUUAUUCAAUGAAACGCCCAGCCUUGAAUUAGCACCCACCUCCAAUAAGCAGCCAUCCUGUAGGGAGGAAAAUUUCUUAGGUGCCCGGUCUCGACUAGGAGCCUACCCCCACCUACCACCCUUCCCUUAAAAAAAAAUGGAAGUGGACAAGAAGAGUCCUUAUUUUUUUCUUUACUACUUACUAUUAGACAGAAAUUGACUUGGUACUACUAAGAGUCUUCCCUGAAGACUGAGUUCUUAGUUUUAAUUUAAAUAAACUUUCAAUGAACAGUUAAAAUUCUGCUCUAGCACAUCUUCACGUUUUGUCAUUAUAAACUGUUUUGUUGGAAAAUUAACUUACUUCUUGCUGGAAAUGAUGAAAAUUAAAUAAGCAUCCACCUCAAAUAAGUGCCCACUCUCAAGGCCCAAAAAUUUAAUAAGUACCUAGGGCACCUAAUCGAAUAAAUACGCUAAUCAUGUUCAAACAGUCAUGAAAAUUAAUUUGAAUCUGUCACUUGAGACCAUAUCUUUGGCAUCAUGUGACACUGUAGUUGAAGUUGUUUGACCUUGAAAAGUUACGGAAUAUCUCUUUACAGUUGGUUUGGUUCAAUUUUAUUCUGGGUUGACUUAAAUUUUUCUUCAUUUUUUGGUGUGAUACUUAAAGGCAAAAACGAACAACAUUAUGGACAAUUGAAAUUUAUUACCCUGAAAUCUCAGCUGUAAAGGUUCAUUGAUCAUAUAACAUUACCCCUUUGCCUGAAUUAUGUUAGUCCUUAAUUAUAAUCAGGCUAGCUUAAUUGCCCAGGAUUAGACUUAGACCCAUUGAAUUACGGAAUAACACAAAGUUGCAGCACAAGUAAAUCUUCAAGAAUUAUAAAACAACAGCAGUGGAGUCAAUCCUUCAGAGCAUUACAAGUAGCUAUUUGCACUUGAGGAUGUGCAGAAUUUGACCUCAAGUGACUCUUGAUUUUAUUUUUUAGCUGUUGACUUUAUUUUCUCUUUGAUUCACAAACAUAAUUUAUACUCAGGGAAACUGGAACAAGUAUCUAAGGGCGCUUACCAAAACUCAGAAAUUGCUUGCUGGACUGGUCUAUUUGAAAAUAAAAUAUUAGUCAUUUCAGUCUCGAAAUUUUCCCUGCAACUCACCACUGCCGAGCAUACCAUUUAUAAAUAGACUGAUCUGGCUUGAUAGUCAGAUUAAUAAAGGAAUUGUUUUUACAACUUGAUGGGCUGGCCAGUUCUAGCAAAUGGAAAGUGCCGUCAUUCUUUUAUUUUUCAGCCCAACUUUUCUGUGCAGAAAUUUUCUCAGCUUUUAUCUCUGGAAGUGAUUCAAAUGUGAUCUGGGCCCAGUUUUUCAAAGGAUGGAAAGUGCUAUCCACCGGAUAAGAGCCACUAUCCAGCAGAUAAAUAAAUUGCUCUAUCCACCAGAUUGAGAUUUAUCCAGUGGAUAGCAUUAUACACCUUUCAAAGAGCUGAUCUCUGAACUAUAAUAACUUACUAUCUAGACUAAACUGGUCCAUGGUUGUGUCUUAAACAGAUAACAUCAUAUUGGUUACCGCUCAUAAGACAAGCUUGUGAAGAAGACAGCACAGCCAAACCUGUCAUUAUUGUUGGCAACAAAGUAUGUGUGAUUUUCUUUAGUUUGCUUUUGGUACAAACAGAGGUUAAGUACUGUUUCUUUUUCAUGAGAGAUUAUCAUCUUUGCUGAAGUCAUUGUGUUGUUGAUUUUGUACUUUUCUAGUGAAGCGGGAGUAGCAUGUCGUCUCGUACCACUGACUUAAUGACAUUGAUCUCUGUUUGAGUAUGGAAUGAUUGAUAGUUUUUAUGAGAAGAAGAUGUGUUGUUUUUUGAGAGUGUAUGUUUUCCUAAACUCAGGUAAAAUUCUCACAGCCUGGACAAUAGUAGGUGUCAAUAAAGUACAAAUGAGUGUAGCUCUGCAAGGCAUGUGAGUGUAGAUCGUCUACAUUUGAUGACGUGAUUGGUUAGACCGAUGCUAUUUAAAUCAAAGCUUAAAUGUUUUAACUGUAAUUUUUUUAAUUUGCAUUUUAGUCAGACCUCUUUGAUGGAAGCACAAUGGAUGUAAGUUAUUACACUCUGUCUUUGGUGUUGUUAAUUUCAUCAUUCACGUGACCGCCAUUACAACCAGUUCUGGCUGCAUAACUGGGCCUUAUGUCCAAUGAGGACAUCAUUUCACUUACAUUGUACAUUCAAACUGUUUUGUUUGUUUGUGUGAGAGGCACUUUUUUACAGACAUCAAUGUCCAUAUUUGUAGAUUGAAUAAGGAAAUAUGGAAAGAUUCUUGGAGAUAUUAGCAUUUUAUUGCCACAGUGAUUUUGUUACCUCUGCGUCCUGCAUCCUUGAUGCAUAAAAAUCCCCAAAGAUGCAAAGAACGAAAGAUUGAUUUGAAGAUUUUUUGGUAGAAUAUCAUGUUCGUGUGAUUUCUGUGGCUGUUAUGUAAAGAUUUGGUCUUUUUUUGUGCUUUAAUAAAUAUAUAGAAGGACUAUAGUUUAAUUUCAGUAAACUGUAAUGAAGAGUUUUGGCAUCUGUCUCCAGAUUAACUGUCUGGUUAUAUACAUAAAGGCCCCAGCAUUUUCAAUUUAGGCCUCCUUGUUUUUUUUGAACUGGGAUUCAUUGGUUAUGGGACUCAAGAUUUUUCUCAAGAUGAGUCCCAAGACUCGCCUUAGCUAUUUGUAACAAAAUGCUGUUGCUAUCUAAUCUUCAAUUUGAGUAUAAAAAAAGAUUAUUGAUUUAUUGAUUGAUUGAUUGAUACAGAUUCACCAAUACUACUUGAUGUUGUGGCAACAUCAGUAUGUUAUUUUGGUGCCUUCACCAGUUUUAUUUCAAGUGGAGUAAAGCUUAUUGGCAGGUUUUUUUUUCAUGGCUGUAGGAUUUCUUAAGAUAAAAAGACAUUUAUAAUAAAUGUGUUAAGUGUACUGCAGUGAUUUGUGCUUACAGAGUUGUUUGGAAUACCAGUGGUGUUUAGAAUCGCUGUUAAAGUAGUUUCUGGGUAAAGACAUCUUGUGACUUCUGAUAAAAUGGUUGACUCUCCAUAGAAAAUUGCGUGUGUCCCUUGUAGUAGAAAGGGGAACUGUAGAAGACUAGAGUCACUUAGUUUUUUCGUUGACUUAUAUGUAUGUGUGUUCCAUCCUGGUAGACUGUUUUGCCCAUAAUGAAUGACUACACUGAAGUGGAAACUUGUGUUGAGGUGAACAUUUAUUCUUGUUUUUGCCUUUUUUUACAUUUAACUGUCUUAAUUAUUAUUUUGUCAAUUAAAUUUUAAAUGUUCUGCAAGAUUUCUAUUACUGGAUUUGCCUCCGCAGUGCUCUGCAAAGGAACUUAAAAAUAUAUCUGAGAUGUUUUAGAUACGUGUUUUUCGUCAUGACGUAGGUUGUCGAGGAGAAAAGAGACGACUUUGUUUUCUCCAAACACUUUAUUCUUAAUUUAGUGUGUACUAACACUUACUAAUCUUAUUCUUAAUAUUUUUUUUAACACAAUGGGAACUUUUAUUGUCCCCUGGCAGAGAUUUGAGCCCAGUAUUGAUGUAUUUUAGAGCCUAAUACUUAAGCCAACUUUACAGACGCCUUUAUAAACUUGUCACUUAGCUUUUCCCCAUUCAAGUCGACUUUUGUCAUGUUCAAUAAUAGUGACAGGAUGCGUACAUGUAUGUACUGGGGUGCUUGUACCAUUUACACACAAAUAUUAUUAUUGCAACCUUGAUCAGGGCCCAAAAGAACACUGUCCCUUAACAUUUCCUUUGGUAGAACUACAGCUGUAUUAGCUUUAUUGAGUAGCUUGCAUUAUAUUGAUUUCUUCUUAUUAUUUUUAUAUUUUAGUUAAAGCCAUUAUGCCAGGCUGCACUGUCAAGAAUAUUUAAGGUAUCAUUGCUAAUGGGAAUUCAUAUGAAAUAGAAGCUGCAGUGAGAUUUUUGUCAAUUUUGAUCAAUACAAUAGAUAUUAAUCAAAUCAGAUUUACCCAUUUUUUUUAUUUAUUGAUUCAACUAAGCCCCUCCCCCUCCCCAAAAGAAAAAAACUAUUACCCCUCCCCCUGACAAUGUUGUUGUUCGUUGAUGUCAGUGAAAUGUAAUAAUAUUGGAUUGUGUAUUUGAGAAUUUCAAAACAUUUGAUGCAAAGGAUAUUAUCAAACAAGGUCUUAAGCUCAAAUAAGGCUUCACUUUAGAAAGCGGCAUGUACACCGUACUCUACAACAUUGAAACCAGGGGGAAGGGAUACUACGGCAAGAUAUUGAUUAGCUUAGUACGAAGAAAGGGAUGUGUACAUACUGCAGCUUGAUAACAAUGACCUGGACAUCUGGGAAUGACCAUCUAUUGUAUGGCAACAAAAGAAACUGCCAGGAAGGUUGAUGUUUUUUACAUACGUGAUUUGAGCUCAGCAAAGUGGAAAUCAUUGUGUCAAAUCUAUAUUUGAUUGACUGUCACCAAUCAUUUUACCAAGAGUAAGUGGUCUGAUGCUUUUCCCAGAUAUCAGAUUCUGAUAAUGAUGGUUUAUUGAACGACAAAGAACUGAAUGACUUCCAGGUGAGAUGGUACAGACUGCUACUACUUGUCAUAAAUAUUGUUAUUAUAUUGUUUUUAUUUCUUGACUAGUGUUAAUUCCCUUUGUCUCCACCACUUUGGACUUGCCUGUAUUUAUCACAAGUUGCCUUUGGCGUUAUACCUAACUGUAACAAGGAGGUUUGGCGGUAACUAAAUUGAGCAGCUGCUCUCUGAAACUCUGGGUUAGUUAACUAAAGGCCCCUACCAAAGUCAGAACUAGCCAGUUGGACAGGCCUCUUUGAAAAUUAAAAGCGGUUUUUCUUCUUUAAUUUCUUUCUUUUCUUUUCUUUCUCACUAAACACCCAUCCCUGCUGGCAUACUAUGAAGGAAUAGACUGAUCUUGCNUACGGCAAGAUAUUGAUUAGCUUAGUGCAAAGAAAGGGAUGUGUACAUACUGCAGCUUGAUAACAAUGACCUGGACAUCUGGGAAUGACCAUCUAUUGUAUGGCAACAAAAGAAACUGCCAGGAAGGUUGAUGUUUUUUACAUACGUGAUUUGAGCUCAGCAAAGUGGAAAUCAUUGGGAAAAUUUUUAACACUAUGUUUUCUUACCCCCAAAAAAACCAAAGACCAAAAUUUUGUUAGUUAUGUGUGCAAUGGAAAAUUAGCAAAAUAAAUUUAUGUAGGUGCCAUUUUUGCACUGAGGCCUUCAUUUAUCUGUGUCAAAUCUAUAUUUGAUUGACUGUCACCAAUCAUUUUACCAAGAGUAAGUGGUCUGAUGCUUUUCCCAGAUAUCAGAUUCCGAUAAUGAUGGUUUAUUGAACGACAAAGAACUGAAUGACUUCCAGGUGAGAUGGUACAAACUACCACUACUUGCCAUAAAAAUUAAUAUUGUUAUUAUAUUGUUUUUAUUUCUUGACUAGUGUUAAUUCCCUUUGUCUCCACCACUUUGGACUUGCCUGUAUUUAUCACAAGUUACCCUUGGCAUUAUACCUAACUGUAAGAAGGAGGUUUGGCGGUAACUAAAUUGAGCAGCUGCUCUCUGAAACUCUGGGUUAGUUAACUAAAGCCCCUACCAAAGUCAGAACUAGCCAGUUGGACAGGCCUCUUUGAUAAUUAAAAGCGGUUUUUCUUCUUUAAUUUCUUUCUUUUCUUUUCUUUCUCACUAAACACCCAUCCCUGAUGGCAUACUAUGAAGGAAUAGACUGAUCUUGCCGGAAAGUUCUGAUUAAAGUGGAAUGCUCUUUAUGACUAGACUGAUCUUGCUGGCUAGUUCUGAUAUAUUUACAGUGCCUUAAAUUUAAUUUUGCUAUUUGGUGAAAGAAGUUUUUUAUUUCCAGUUUACCAAAAGUGCCAACUCUCUCCACCUCUUUGCUAUACAUUAGUGAAAUAAAUGCGGGUUGUGAUUUACUUUCAGAAUCGAUGCUUUAAUACUCCUCUUGAAGGGCAAGGAUUGCAGGAUGUUAAGAAUGUGGUCAGAAAGAAUGUGGAUGAUGGCCUAAGCAAUGGUGCUCUCACACUUAAAGGUUACUUGGUCUCAGUAUACAGUCUGUGGAACCUUGAUAAUAAUGAGGGGCCAAGGGACUGGAAAAACUGAUUCAUCCCCAGUCAUCUCUCAGUCUCCUAUUAAUAAUAAUAAUGAGAGAAGCGCAGUCAAGGGAAGUACUAGGGAUGAUGGGAAGGACGAAAGAGAGAAGACAACUGGCAGAUCCUGUUUCCAAAAUGGCUGAAAAAAGUAAUGGCAGAUUCAUUGGCAAUGAAAAUGAAAAUCUUACAGAUAGACUGUUACAUCAAGCCUACAUAGGCCAUAAGUUGCCUUGUCUGCAUAUAUCUUGUAGGGGUGCUGCUGGUAGAAUCAAGAUCUGCCAUUCAUCUCUUCUUUCUCCCUUCUACCUUGCCUUGAUCCCCCUUUGCACCAGAAGCGGUAAGGUCUCUCACAACCUUUCCAAGGCCGCUUACAAAUUAUACAAGAUAACAGACUGGGGAUGAGUUGGCUGGUCCAAAGAAUAUAAAUUUUAAUUAGCAGUUAUUGAAAGAGGCUGAGUAGGAUGUGAAGAAUUACGCAAAUCAAGGAGGAUGUCAUUCGGGUCAGCCUUGGUGGAUAACAUCCUCCAAGAUCUGCAUAAUUUUUCACAUCAUACAAAAGCCAAAUUCAAUAACUGUUUUGUCAUUCACUCAAAAUAAUUAUUUUAAAGUUCUUAACAAGCUUACCUCCUUGUAGACUUUCCUCUAAACUUUGGCCUAUUUUUUGGCACAGUUUCAGAAUAAAAACACAGUUUAAUAAUUAACCUGUGUUUCUAUUUCCAAUGCAGCCUCAUUUCCUAUCAAAUAUAACAUCGAUCAACCUCGUUUGCUAUAAAAUAAAAAAUAAAUUGAUUGUUUAUUAUUGCUCAUGUCUUCCAAAUUUGGUCAGUGCUAGUUGGUUAUGAAGAAUUAGCUGGGGAAUUGGAGCUAAUCAGAAACGGUGAAAUAUUUUGAAAGAAUAAUAAUGUUCAUUAUUCAGGGGACUUUGCUAAAUAGACGUUUCUUAUAUUGGGGUUCCACUGUACUGUGCUUUUAAAUGUGCCCUUGGUUGAAGCAGUGUUUCUUGUGUUUGCUGCCAGUGUGGGUAUUAGUCUGUUGUUUUUGGUUUUUGCAUUUUAAGACCAUGCUAACAACAUGGUACUGGAAACGAUCGUUACCGUGAAAUCCUAAGGCUUGGUUGUGAUACAGCUGUUUCAAAAUUUGUUUGUUUGUUUGUAUAUUUUACUAAAUUCAUUUUUUUUGUCUCAUGUUUUUUUAUUUCUUAUAUCAGGUUUCCUUUUCCUCCACACUCUAUUUAUCCAUAAAGGGCGCCAUGAGACAACAUGGACAGUACUGAGGAAGUUUGGAUAUGGAGAUGAACUAAAGCUCAGGCCGGAAUAUCUGUGUCCAGCGUAGGUUGACUGCUUUUUACUUUAUUAUAUUUUUAACAACAAUAAAUAUUAAACUCAUCACCAAUAGACGAGCUGGGGUCCUUUUGCCUACAUGGUUGGUGGAGCCAGGCAAUGCUCUGGCACAAAGAUGGAGGUAUUCAUGGCAGGCCUGCAAGCAGCCUGCAAAAGGCACGAUCGCACUGAAGAGUUCAGUGGAAUACUUACCAACCAAUACUUGCCUAGCCCUGGAAUAAAGAGGGAGGGUUGGUUGGGAAAAACAAAGCAAGAAAAUGUCAAGCAAGCAACAAGGCUAUAGUGGAGACACUUUGUGAAGAACUGCAAACAAGCAACUGCUUAUAGAAGAUCACAAGGUGUCCCUGCUAAAGGUAUCAGGCUGCCCCAAAAACUGCUGAGCAGCAAGUUGUUUUAAGGUUUACAUUGUACUUUGCCUAAAUUACAUUUAGCCACGAGAAUGAUAUGUGUGGAGAGAAGAACUCGGAAAAUCCUGUGCUCCAUAGAGGAAUUGAACCCAUGACCUUCCAGAUACUAGUUGCAUGCCCUUAUUACUGAGCUACUGAGAACUCUUGUGUUGAGGUCUUUUGUGGGCUGCUACAACAACAGCAAAUUCCACUGUGACAUCUUGUAUAGCAAUUUUUCUUGUAUUUCUCAGAGAGAACUGAUGUGUGAUUGGGGGAUGCAGUGAAUUUGUGUUUUUAUUUUACAAGAUGCCAGUAUGAAUAAUAUCUUUCAUUGUUAGUACUAGCUUUAGUUUGGUGUUUUGCACUUUCCAAAUCUCAAUUUCAUGGAAAUUUCAUUUGUUUGUAAAGAGACAAGAAGACAGUUGUGCGACCAGGUUGUACUAAGCACUCCUGAUACAUGGUAUUUUGGUUAAUUUCAAAGGAUUGAUAUUGGCACAGAUCAGACAGUGGAAUUAUCAGAUGCAGGAUAUCAGUUUCUUAUUGACCUCUUUCACAGGCAUGAUAAGGUUUGUUAUCAAUUAAACAAUGUGAUUGUUAUUUAAAAAAUUAAUUUGCUUAUAGUUUAUUAUCCUUUGGUACUUAAGUCUGAAAGAUUAAAAUAAUAUUGAAAUUAUGUAUUGAUUGAAUAGGAUUUGUACGGGUCAUUGAGUACCUGGAUAGUCAUGGAAUUUAAUUGUGCGUCAGAGAAAGACAUGAAAAUGGAAUUUUGAAAGUAUUUUUGCUGGAUUAAGUACUACAGAUGUCAAAGCAUGGACAAAGUAAGAUCGACACAAGUGAAUUGACGUUUGUUGAUCUGGGUUAGAUAAAAAAAUCACCAAAAACAAGAAUAGUAUUUGAAAUUUGGAAAAAUUUCAUGGAAAAAGGCAUGGAGAUUCAUGGGAUUUGAAGAACUCAAAAUUCAAUUAGUAAUUUGGUAUUUUGUUCGUUUGUUGCCAUAGUUAUGUAUUAAUAAUUUUAUCAUUCAUCAUUGCCUUUUCGAUGAAUAAGUAUACAGCAAAUGUAUUAUUUAAGCUGAAUUUCAGUUGCCACUGUGAAAACAUUUUCUUUCUUUUACUGAUGAAAACAAAAGAAAAACAUAAGCAACAGUGGAAACCUUUGAUUCCUCUACUGCAGUUUCUAAAUGUAGAAGAAUUUUACCUCUGCUAUAAUGAUUCAUCAUCCCAAUUUAAUAAGUUCCAGCCUAUAUACAACAAAACCCCAGAGUCAAAAGAGAAGUUAUUUUUCCAAGUUUAUAGUUAUGUGUAACCUGCGUAGCAAGCGUUUACGUGCGGUUUCGGAUCAAAGAACGGGGAAUGAGAGUUAAAGACCGCGCAAAAAAUGGGGUGAGUAAAAGAACACUCCUCCUCAUUCCUAGUCUUUCUUUGCUCCAAAACCACAUAGAAACACUUGCUACACAGGCUAAGUUUUGUGUAUAUAACAGGACACACAUACCAUGCACCUCAUCACAAUAAUGGAUUUUUUCCAAUUCCCGGCCACUUUGUUAUAUCUGGUUUUCACUGUAAUCUAUCUCGUCCAUCUUAUAGGAUGAGGAUGAAGCACUGAAGCCAGAAGAACUUCAGGUAAGCAGUCAACUACAAAAAACAGGUCAUUAUUACAAAAUUUGUAAUAAUGAGCUGUUUUUUUGUAAUUUAAUAUUAGCAUUGUUUUUAUCGUAAUACUUUAAUAUUGGGGAGCAAGGGAAAUGCAGUGUUGAGAGCACCUGCCUCCCACCAAUUGGACCCGAGUUCACAUCCCGGCAUCUGCGCCACAUCUGGGUUGAGUUUGUUGCUGGUUCUCUCCUUUGCUCCUAGAGGUUUUUCUCCAGGUACUCUGGUUUUCCCCUCUCCGCAAAAACCAACGUUUUCGUAUUCCAAUUCGACCAGAAAUCAAGUUGAUGAAGAACCUGUAAGUGGAUAUGCUACCUUUAAAUUUUUAUUUAUUUAAAUUUAUAUUUGUGAUUUAAAGGAGUUGUUCAGUAUUUUUCCCACGAAUCCCUGGGGUGAAGAUGUUGUCAACUCUGUUGAAACUAAUGCCAAUGGCUGGAUCACUCUCCAGGGAUUUUUAGCUCAGUGGACGUAAGUAACCACUCAAGUAAGUGCGCAUGCAUAUAAAAGCAACAGGAAAAUCAAGACUGUUUCAAAUUCUCCACUUGACUUAGAAACUCUAGGAAGGAUGGUUACGAGCUUCGGGCUAUUUCACACUUGUCUUUUACAGCAUUCAUCGUAUAGUCAUGCCAGAUCAAGGGAACCCCUGACAGGUUGUAGUUAGGAAAUCAUUAUUUGAAAAGUGAAUUAUUUGUCAAUGUCAAUAUUUUUUCUUUCUUACAGUGUACGUAAUGAGUAGUGAAUGAACACAAGCAAGCUCGGUAGAAUUUCUGCGAGCUUAGCUUUUUUCCGAACUCGAGAUGAAUGUUUUCAUAGGAAUUUUCUCAGUGAACCACAAUUGAACCUCUAUUAAGCGGCAACCCUCAGGGCACCGUCAAGUUGCCGCCUAAUAGAGGUUGGCUACUCAAAAGAGGUUCGUCAUAAAUCAGCAUAAUCUUUAUCAGAAACAACACUUCAUUUUGAAACAAACGACAGAAGUAGCAUUACUGGUCCACAAUCGGUCGUCACUUUCUAUCUCGGACUGUAUUUUCCUUCAUCAUAUUCUAAAAAAGGACCCAAACUAAGUGUAUCAAACGCUUGAUGGCCGCUUAAUAGAGGUGACAACAAUGGGAGAACACUCGUUGCCACGGCCAAAAGGUGGCUGCGGCCUCUUAAUAGAGGUUUAAUUUCCCAUACUAUAGGGUGUGUGUCGCCGCUUAAUGGAGGUUCGACUGUGUUUUUUUUUAAUAUGACCGAAUGCAGGGAAGGUGAAGUCUACAAUUCACUACUUAUUAUGAAUGCAAGAGAGCAGGCAGGUCUUCGGAUCUUAAGGUCCUUAUUAAAUAGGACGAAGGACUUUUUCGAAAGUCUAAACGUCUAAAGACGAAAGUGAAGAAGAUUAAUGUGGCGAAAGAUUUAUACUCUAUAUAAUUUAAGGUUUAACAAUGUUGAAAUGAAAUGGUGUUAUCUUGUAACAGGAGAUGAUUGCUUCUGAUGAAUGUACAUCUUAACUUGUUUUUCCAAUAUUUUACUAGGCUAACAACGUUUUUAGACUACACGAGGAUGUUGGCAUAUCUGGCCUCUUUUGGUUACACUCAUCAGGAAAAUGAACCUUCUCUGCAAACUGCAAUAACAGGUAUCGGUGAUGAUAAAUAACAAACUAUUUAAACUUUUCAAGUUUGUCGGAAGUAGCUGUGAAAUGGUGUCAACGCCUUGUAAACCUUUGAAGACAAAGACAAUUACUUAUUGUAUAGCUCAAGUCUUAUUUAGAGGCAAAAUGAAUUCGUACUUUUUAUUGUCAAGGAAAACUAUUUAUACUUUUCCAUCUCCACGUAUUAUCAGGUUUAAAAACUCUUGGCUUCGCCUCAAGUUUUUAAACCUGAUAAUAUACGAUUGCUAGGUUUUUGAACAGCUUAAAAUCUCUGAUAUAGACCAACUCAUUCUUGCACUAAUAUUUAGAAUUGGUUUUUUUUUUUUUUUUUUUUUUUUUUUGNCUUGCUAUUGCACGCCUUUAAUUUGAUCCUAAAACGACUUGCUGUAAAUGAUCAGAUAACUCCAGCUAGCUCUACCCCUCGUCAACGCACACGCACACGGUAUUGGCUCUGACUUAGGGCUUAGUUUAGUCUACCUGUGCUUGGACGUUGCGAUUUCUAAAGUUUGGCCUUGCUGUGCUCAUUUGUAAACCCCCUUAAUAUGCAACAGAUAACCGACAAUUCGAUAGUACUUACUUAUAACAAAGCGUUGUUUGCAGUCAACUAACAACAGUGAUGAUUGUUAAACAUGUUGUUGUGAGCCAACUAACUUGUGUGAUUUCUCUUUUCUUUUUCUUUGCUUCUUUUCCAGUCUGUUCUCCUCUGCCUUUCACCUUGGUUUCAUCUGUGUCUCGUCUCAUUCAGAUGAGAAAAAAGCUUCGAUUCUUACCUUAUAAUAAUCCUCACUGGGACCAAGUAAACACUAAACUGGGUACUUUGCCCUUAUGCAUUCCUUUUAUUCGCACUAAAGUAACUUAACAAAAUUUAAGGACAUUGUUCAACACUGAAAAAAAAAACCUGUUAAACUAGUUCGAAGAAAUGAUAAGCCUUCGGCCCUCUAGAGAGAAAUAACCAAAAGUUUAACAUAUAAAACUACUUUGAAAAGCACUAAUGAUAAAAAUUCAAUUGUACUGAACAAAGUUGGAUUUCCACAGUGGACAAAGUGUUUCCUUUUUUCUUUUAGUUCUUGUUUGUUCUUGUUUUUGUUGUUGUUGUUUUUUCUAAUUUUCUUCAUGUCUGUUUGAUUGCUAUUGUUCGUUUACGUUUUUUUUUUCUGUUUUUUGUUUUUUAUUGUUUUAUUUUUUUUAACACAAUCUUUAAUUUACAUGCGUCCGUGAGCUCGAUUUCCGUCGUCACCCGAGUCCGGACUCCAGCUUUGAUCCUGGCUCCCGAACAACGGCUGGUUAUCGAGCCUAAUGCGUCUAUUCAUUCACUUUGUUAUCUCCUGUUUGCUUUUUUCAUUCAUUUUAAACGUGUCUCUUUAUUCUUCAUCUUUACUUGCUGUUUCUCUCUUUGUUUGCCCCUUUUCUUUUUAUUCCAUUUAAUUUGUUUCAAACGUCUCGUCUUCAGUGGAAUCCUGGUUCUUCGAACCUCCUGAUGAUUUCGAGCCCAAGCCGAUUCCUUCCCAGACUAUUUUUUGGUGUUUUCCACUUGAUUUUGCGUACAUUUCUUUUUCGUUGUGUUUUCCUGAAAUUCAUAACAAAUUGCCCGACUUUUCUUUCUCUCUUUUUUUAAAAAGUUCUUUUUUAACAACAAUUGACGGAACACACCCUCGGCUAGAAAGUUUAUUAUCUUGGUAAACCACAUCUUAAUAAAUGUUUAGUCUGCAAAGGGAAUCUUUAGAAAGCGAUCAAAAACAUCUAGGAAAUACUUUGCCUGGUCCCUGUACGGCGUUUUCCCAGGCCUUUUCGGUCAAUUCACUUCGGUGACGUAUCCGAGGCGAACGGGCGUGUAACGCCCUCACAUCUUCGCUUGGACCACGUGAACCGAAACGAAUUGGCCGCCCGGAAUAAUGAGGUCUAGGGACUAGGUAAGGAAAUACUCUUUGUGAAUAAACAUGUUAAGAAAUACUGUAAUACAAUGAAGAAAAAAUCGUUCGACUCAAGUGCCUGCUUUCUUUGCCUCCAGUUAUGCGCAGUAAAGCUUUUGAUUUGCAGAAGAAACAGACGUCACGUUCAGUGUUUCAGUGUUAUGUUUUUGGAGCGCCUGAAGUUGGAAAGGUACUUACAAUCUCUCCUUAGUUCAAAAUAUGUUGUCUGAAGAAGCCUGACAGGCUGCGUAGUCAACUGAAUCAAAACUGAAAAGUCUUUCCAAAUCGCAUCAAUAGAUAAAUCCCACAAAAGCACAAAAUACAAAAGACAGCUUAUUUUUCAAAUUCUCACCAACAUUUAUACAACGGUCUGUCAAGCCAUGAAUGGUGUCAAAGUUAACUGAAUGCGAGGUACCUUGCGUGAACCAACCAAAAUACUUUUGACAACACUUCCGAAUAACCCUGAAGAAAAGAAAUAAACACUAUUCUCACUGCAUAACUGAUUAGCUCAUAGUAGCAAUUUUGUUUAAUCUGUGUGCACUCCCUCGAAAUCACGCAUGCUUGUAGCGCUUGUAAUGCUUUGCGCCCCUCGACUAAGAAUUUGGCCGUGCUGCCUAAAACGUGGUCAUUUUUAAUGAUCGGUACUCCGGGACCAUGGUCAGUUUUUGCGACCCGCACACCUCCCCUGGUGGCGGUUGACAACUUCAGUGUUUAUCCUUGUUGCAUGCCUAUUGCCUCAGCAGUCGCGGACUUUUCCUGUAACUUUAUAUUGCGCAGUGAGGUAAUGAGUAUGCAGUGAGGAUAUGCCUCUAGAGAAAAAGCUGUCGGUAGAAAGUUAAGAGGAACCAGACGUAAGCUCUGGACUGAAAUAUUACCUUAGUAAAAGGCGGACGUACCUUUAAUUAAUCUAUCUACAGAUCAGUGUUUUUACUUUCAGAUUUUUUUCGUUCUCUCUUCAUCUGGUUCUCUUGUUUAUAAAUUUAAUUUACCAAAAAAAUGCUCUUUCUUCCCAACAGACUGCCUUUCUUCAAGCCUUCUUAGGACGAACUCUGGAGGUAAGUAGAAUAUAAUGGUGAUAGGCUUUUGUACGUUAUGCGUUUGUUCCCCCCACUAAACUGCCUAACCGUAAUAGUUCAUUUUUCUCACUAAAAUGCCCGGUCACCCCCAAAAUGUCGUUAAAAUGCUUGGAUGAUGCUCAUCACUGAGAGGCCAUUUUGUUAAUUCUAAACAUUUUAAGAGAGGUUAAAUUGAUAUCUUUUUCUGAAUUUCAAGGUUAAGUCUCCAUUUUCUCGUAAAAAAUUUUUUUGAUUCUUAUUUUCUCCAAGAAAAAAAAUAUUUUUCCGGGAAAAUGCCACUAAAAUGCUUGAAUAUCAAUGCUUAAUGCUUUAUGAGCUGUUUAAAUGGAGGGAGGAAAAUCCUAGAAGGCGAAUCAUCCUAAAGCCAUCAGUUUUUGUGUUCAGUUUACAUGAAAAGGGUUCCACUUUUCCCUAGCGCUAGGAUCUUCCUAGUACUUGGAUCUCCCAACCUUUCAGGUGGGAAGAUCCUAGUACUAGGAUGAUCCUAACACCGCGUAAACGUCUUUCGCUAGGGAGAUCCUAGUUCUAGGGACAAGCCAGACAAGAUGGCGGCGGGUCGUUUAGUGGGUAAUCACGGUAAUUAAGGCCGACCAUUUCGUUUGGAUUUACCAUGAGAUAAAAAUUGUAAUAAUUCUGCUGACAGGUAGUUAUUAACGCCAGUAAAGAGAGCAGAAGGGUCUAAAUUGCAUUUUGUUUGUGUCGCCCCGCCAUCUUUGUUAACCACACGGACCCAACGGAAAGUUGCUCCGCCUUCUAGGAUUUUCCUGGUGCUCGGAUCUUCCUCCCUCCAUGUAAAAAGCCCCUCAAAUGUUCAAAGAAAUGCUAGCAUAAUGCUCAGAAGCUCAAAUAGAGAAAUAGCACGUGUGGCUGUGGAAGACAAUCACGUUUUCGCGUUCACUGUGUCUUACUUUUUGCUUUACUUUCGUGGUUCCUGUUUAUACAGCCUGGUGAAUCAGACAAGAAUUUGUCAAGUUAUGCCAUUAAUCUGUUGGAAGUAAACAGACAAGAAAAAUACUUAGUGGUAUGUACAAAAGAAGAAUAUCUGGCUUUUUCGAGCACGUUAAUUGUUAUAUUAGAAUUGAUAGCCACGUUUUCGCGUUUUUUUUUUUCACCAUACAUUUUAAAAUACUCUGGGCUGACACAAACGAAGUACGUUAGAUGAUCCUAUAGACGCCCACCAUCAAAUACACGUCUCUAUUAACGCCCCUCCUAUCUACGAUGUUAAGUUUGUAUUAAACGCCCUCUCUCAUAAACGCCCCCUGUCUAAUGGACGCUCCAAAAUGCUAAGAAAUCAUUCAAGUUGUUCUGUCUCCUGCUUCAUUAACAUGGGUUUGUGCAUUGAAUCUUGUUCAAUGUCAAAUUCAUAGUAAAGGUGGGCUAGCAAUGACAAUUUGAAAGGCAGCCGGAGCGUUCAUACUUGGUGUACGCGCACGUCGCCCUAGUACGGUACUCGCUGGGCACUAAUGUGAACACACCCUUGUGCCAAGUACCCACGCUAGAAUUCAGCCACGGUCCCGGUGCCCGAGUACAAGGUCUACAAGGUCUCGACCUUGUACUCGGGCACAUAACUGGGCACUGGGUCUCUGUGUGCACACAAUUUUUGUUAGUGCCGGGAAGUCCACAGCUUUGUUCUCGCUGCUAAGCUCAUGUUUCAAAAUGGCGUCUGACAGGGCGAAAUGGAGUAACUAUGUACACAGUCAUAUAGCCACGUUUUCGCGUUUUUUUUUCCACCAUACAUUUUAAAAUACUCUGGGCUGACACAAACGAAGUACGUUAGAUGAUCCUAUAGACGCCCACCAUCAAAUACACGUCUCUAUUAACGCCCCUCCUAUCUACGAUGUUAAGUUUGUAUUAAACGCCCUCUCUCAUAAACGCCCCCUGUCUAAUGAACGCUCCAAAAUGCUAAGAAAUCAUUCAAGUUGUUCUGUCUCCUGCUUCAUUAACAUGGGUUUGUGCAUUGAAUCUUGUUCAAUGUCAAAUUCAUAGUAAAGGUGGGCUAGCAAUGACAAUUUGAAAGGCAGCCGGAGCGUUCAUACUUGGUGUACGCGCACGUCGCCCUAGUACGGUACUCGCUGGGCACUAAUGUGAACACACCCUUGUGCCAAGUACCCACGCUAGAAUUCAGCCACGGUCCCGGUGCCCGAGUACAAGGUCUACAAGGUCUCGACCUUGUACUCGGGCACAUAACUGGGCACUGGGUCUCUGUGUGCACACAAUUUUUGUUAGUGCCGGGAAGUCCACAGCUUUGUUCUCGCUGCUAAGCUCAUGUUUCAAAAUGGCGUCUGACAGGGCGAAAUGGAGUAACUAUGUACACAGUCAUAUAUCGGGCACUCAAAGGGUGAACACAACACCGUUUUGUGCCAGCACCCAAGCACUGGUACCCAAUCACCAAGUGUGGAUAGCCCCUUAGUGAUCUUGACCGAGGAUACUCUUCUCUGAGUAUGGAUCCUUAGACGGCUAAGACGUAUCAGUGGAUGGACUGGAUAUUCUGGUUUUAAUUAACUCUCUCAUUUUAAUUAACUCUUUUAAUUAACUCUCUGUCACAGUCAGUGGUGCUGGAGUUUGUGCGUGUGUGUGUUUUGUUCUGCUUUUUUAUAGCUAGAUAACAAGCCUUGUCAGAGCCAAAGCGAUUAUAAGUUUACUGUCGUAUAGAGACGAUUUCCUUUUUAUUAAUAGGGAGCUUUGGCAACGACGACGGCGACGGCAACGAGGACGUCAAAUAAGCAAUAAGUUUAGAUGGGCAAACAACUUUGCACGUACAUCACGCUUUUUUGUACAUUUCUUUGUCGUCCCUGAACGGCUAUGACGGCGUGAAAAUACCUAAUUUCAGAUUUUAUGGAGGACGUAAACAAGCGACGGCGAAUUUUUCUUGCUCUUUCUAAACUUAAGUGUGGCCCACAAGAAAUCAACUCCAGGGAAAUUUGCCUACAUUUGAGAUUUUCAGGGAAUUGGAGUAAACGCGAAAAAGUUGAAAAAACACGGAAUCAUUUUAAAAGUGAUGUUUUCUCUGCCGUCGCCGUAGUCCAUGAUUAAGCUCCUACUAACUUAUUUAUUCGUUACACCUUUUACUUGCUUCAAGUCUCUAAGGAACACGCGCAAACAUGAUUUUGCUCAUUUAUGUUGGUUUGUUUUAGCUACGUGAAAUCGAAUGGGAAAAAUCCGGCCUCCUGUUGCAUGACCGACGUUGUGAUGUGGCGUGUUUUAUGUAUGACUCUACGGAUUCUGCUUCAUUUAACCAAGUUGUACAACUUAGAGAGGUGUGUAUCACUAUCCAGACUGUGAUCCAGCCAUCCCGAUCUCGUCGGGACUCUACCGAUGUUGCUUAAAAAUCCCGAGUCCCGCCCAAUACGCGAUCGGGAUAUGAAAAAUUCCGAUUUAGACAUCUGUUACGAUAUUUUCAAAGAGUCAUUAAGACAGAAGUAGAGCCCAGUUUACAUCAUUCUGGGGAAACGAAAAGGUUUUAAAAGGUAUUUAAAAGCGACAAUAAUUUUUUGAUGUGAGGUAUAUAUGAAAUAAUUCAUUUUUGAACUGCGGUUGUAGAUGAAAGUGAAGAAUGAUCAUCGCAGUAAAUUUUCCAAUUUAAGCAAUUGGAAAGAAGAAGCCUGAAAAAACUCAGGGCUUCAACGGGAUUCGAACCCGUGACUUCUGCGUUACCGGUGCGUUUCUCUACCAACUGAGCUAUGAAGCCACACAUUGGGAGCGAUAAUAAUUUUUUUAUUACUCGUUAUUCUCAUAGCAUAGUCUCCGCUUGGUGAAAGGCGAGCUGUUAUUUCUGCGUUAUGUUUUUGUUCCUAGAAACUACCCAAGACUGUUCCUUGCCUGUUAAUAGCAGGAAAGAGCGAAGGAAUAAGAGCUCAACAGGUAGGGUAUCUUCCGAUACAUAUACACAACAAUACUGCCCCGUUUGCUUUGAAGAAGUUAAGAAUUGCUUUUGAUUGUUGAAUGUUUGUGUUGUUAGGAUUUUGAAAUGCAGCCAGACUUGUACUGUACCUUAAACAAGCUUCCACCACCUCAGGUAUGUGUGCGGGGUGUGUGAAUAAGGUCAUGUUCACACCGACACCAAAAGCUAUCCGGUACAGUAUGAACACCCAUCCGAUAUGUUACACACCAUUUUAGAGAUCGGCGCGUCGCAGCUUCGCCCCGUCACAGAAAUCGCGCCGAAAUCACCGUUCUUAUGUGUGAAUAGAAGCCCCAUCCAGUAUAGUCUGCUACACAGCCGUUUUUAGUGUCGUCACGCAACGCGAGCGUUGCGUGACGAUACUAAAAACGGCUGUGUAGCAGACUACAUCCAGUAUGGUUUUCCUGCCGGUGCAAAAGCUAUUCAGUGUUCCAACGAAGUUUACAUUGUUUUUUACCUGUCAUGGAUAAUUAACUAAACACUUUGUAAAUGAUUUAAGUUGUGAAAAAUUGUAGUAAUUAUUAAAUAAACAUUCUGUUGAAUUAUUCUUUUUAACCGUGGACAAAGUAUGCCUGGUUACCAGGCUUGGUUCUUACCCAAAACUUUGGCGGGCAUUUUAAUGCACAACUAAAGCCAUUGAAGUAGAACUUUUUGGAUUGAGGAUCUAUGGAUUGACUUUUUCAUUACCUUGCGUGGCUUGUUACUCAUUAUGACUUAGACUAGAUGCCGUUCCUCACUGCUUUCCAUCUAAUACAUACAAACUGAUAUAAUCGUCGACAAGUAUUAUAAAAACAAAACACAUCUGAUGUUAUUAUGUUUCAGCCAUUCUCGUCGCUUGGUAGACCUGUCGUUUACAAACCUAUCUACAGCAACCUGGCACAAAUGGCUGUCUAUCCGUAAGUACACAAAUCGUCUCUCUGAUGUAAAAUAAAAUUCAUUACAGCUUGAGUAUCUGUUUCGAAGUUUUUAAGAUAGUAGCGCUCGGAGGUGUGAAAGCUUUGUUGUUGCCUUCAUAACCAAAAGUGAUCAAACAAAGUUCCUAGUUUCCUCUUGUAAGACUAAAACUGCUUGCGAAGAGGUUUCGCUGAAUUGCCUCCCUGUAAUGUUUUGUCCAGCUUAUGUGGCGGAAAAUGACUACAAUGAGAGUAAACUUUUAGCGUAGUCGCAAUUCACAGUUAUAUUAUUUUCUUCCCCUGUAGACACCUUUGUGGUCCCGAUGCAGAUAGUGCGACUUCAUAUUGGGUUAUUGCCGGAUUAGCAGCUGCACUUGUAGCAACGGCUGGUAUUGUGGUGUUUAGAUACUUACGAAAAGGGGGAUCGACCACGUGA